ACAAUCACAAUCAGAAUCACAAUAUCAUAGAUCAUAGGGUUCUGGUCUUGUGAGACAAAGAAUCACUGUAUAGCAGCAAUACAUCAACUGCAUAGCCAUCUUUCUAAUCAAUAUCACUUGGAAUCCCUUUAUAGAGAGAAAUGUUCUAUAAGGGACCACUACAAAUAAGCUAUGGGAAUCCCAAAGGCCUACAAAUCCUACACAACUGAUGACACAGGAAACAGGGUGAUAAGUUACACAAAGACCUGGCACUAUAGGUACAGAAAAGACGCACAGAGUAUAAGUGAGGACUAAGAGUGUGGACUUGACCUGUGUACUCCAAGAGCAAAACAAAACAAACAAAGAAAACCCAAAAAAGAGCAGUGUGAAGAUUAAGAGUUCAGACUGAUACAUAAGCCAAGACCUUGUGUAAGAGGAACAAGAAUGACCAUGAUGCUGACAGCAGUUAAAAAGUAUUGCACAGUAUACUUUAUAAUAUUAUUUACUGCUAUCAAUGGUCAAGUCUUUUACAGCUUUGAAAAUGGAACUUGUGCUGAUGAACUCCCAAGUUUCUGCAUUUGCAAUCCAUUGCAGAUAGUGUGUGACUGCGAAGGAGCUAAUGUGGUAUUUGGGAAUGAAUUUACAAGGCAACAGAGAUUUAUUACUAUGCAAAACUGUCAUCGUUUAUCAAUCAAGCCAAAAAGUUUCUUGAGUAAUGGUCCCUUUAUGGUUGUCCUCAAAAACAUUAGUAAUAUUCGCAUAAUGCCCGAAUCCUUUGCCCUAGAUGUAUUUAAGGAGCCAAGAAUGAACCUCACACUCGAGAACUCUUUGCUCCACAACUUACCCACAAAUGGUUUUAUGGGAUCAGAUGUUGAGUCUCGUGUCCUAACAGGAUUAAAGAUAAGGAAACCUCCACAACUGAUCUUUAAUGUUGAUAAAUGUGUGAUUAACAAAAUAGACCAAGGGGCUUUUGGAGAUUUUACACUGCAAGAUUUCUCUAUUUCUAAUUCAGAAGUGAAAAUGGUUGGAAAAAAAGGCAUCAGUAACCAAUUUUCAGGAAAAUUCAAAAUAACCAAUUCCACACUUGGGUUGGAGGAAAAUGCUAUCAUACUGAAAGAAACUCCAGGAGAUGAUGGAUUACUAAUAAAAAACAAUACUUUUAAAAUUGCUGCACCCUCUUUUCUGCUGGGGAGCAUUGGGAAAGACGUUUACAUUGUAAACAACACCUUCCCUCCCCUGGCUGGUUCACCCUUCAACCUGAGGGUAGAAGGCCAGGUGUUCCUCAGGUCCAAUACCUUUGCCAACAUCCCAGAGAAUGGCCUGAGGUUUCAGGUCAAAGACAGGAUCAGUAUUGUGGACAACGUUAUUAAUCAUCUCGAAGGCAAUGCAUUUCAGCUGAUUGCACCCACAGAUGGAAAGACAUUUAUUUUCCUUGAUGGGAACAUCAUCAAACAGCAUGACCCAAGGUCACUCUGUAUCAGUAAGCUGUUUAAUGAAGACUUUGUGGUCAUCAAGCACAACAUAUUUCAACAACAAUGUUCUUGCAAUAUUACUGCAGAUAUCUCCAAUAGUUUGGGCUUAGAAGAGGUUAUACUAGAGGAACUCAACCAAGACAAAAUUCAUCAACAGUGGCUCCUGCAGGGCGAGUGCCUCAAAGAGGCUGGUGGCACAGACCGCCUCCGCAUUGAAUAUUUCCUGGUGCAAUUCUGCUUCAGGAACAACAAGCUGACCAAUGUGAUGCUUAUUCUCUUUGCUGUCCUUCUCAUUGUGAUUUCCACCUGUGUUAUUGUGGCCUGGCGGAGAAUCAGGCAGAGGAACUUGGCCUCACAUACAGGGUCUGACUACCAAUCGUUCAGUGCUCCAGCACCCUCCAGCACAGGUCAAGGUGCUUGGGCAAUGGUCCAGCCAGAUCCCAAGAGAUACCAAGAAACAGAAAUACAUAUUGUCUUUGACAAUGCCCAAGAGAUGAAAGACUUUGGCAGAUGUUCUCAAUACAGUGAUGGAAAUGUUUCCACUAGAAGAAUAAAGAGCAUUAAAAGUAAAGACAAUAAGCAUGAUAGCAGCGCCUAUGACACAGAGGUUGCAGGGAGACCAGAUGAAACUCAAGAAGGCCAAGAAAGCAGCCAAAGAGAAAAGAAUACCAAAAUCACUGACAGCAUAGAGAUGAAACAAGACCAAUAUUUGCGCCAAUCUUGCCCCGCCCUAACUCUCCCUGAUUAACUGAAAGCUGUAAUGAAAUGUUCAUGUCUGGGAUUGACUGCAUUGUUCAGGUACAUUGCAUGGUAACCAUCUAUAUAUAUCUUUUUUAUCUCAGUUUGUAAGGUCUCUCUGAAAUCCUUAUAUAGAUGAUAAAUCAAAUCUAGCUUUGUAUGUAUAUAUAACAAAAACAAUAACUUGUUUCCUAACUUUGUAAACAUGAAAAACAAGGCCAUGAACUUGUUUUCAAUGGCUUUCAGGGAUUAUGACUUUCUGUAUUUUAAUUACAGAAAAUAUAUAUGAUACAACACUAGUUGCACAAGAGUGACAGAAUUAUCAAACAAAUUAUGAAAUGUUUCAGCUGACAUGGAUAUUCCAUAAAGAGGAUAUUUACACAAAUUAAAAAAUAUGAAAUACUAGAAAUCUCUGGGUGUCAGUCAUUUUGGUGACUUCUGGCAACCACCUAGCCUUUUAGCCAGGGAGUCCACUAUGUAUAGCAGAACUUCCCACUCACUGGCCUAUAGCGCAACCUGUCACAAUAAGUUUUUUUUCAUGACAGUUAUAGGCGUGCCUGGCAGUAAGAGGUUCAUAAAGCGGAAGAAAUAAAUGUUUAAAAUCAUGAAAAUCAUAAGAUUUCUGUAACUAUUGUGAUAAAUCAAAAAAAAUACAAGAUAUGAAGCAAAAUGAUGGUUGUCCUUACAACCAAAUAGACUGCAGAGUGAGAGUGACUUGUAUGAAUAUACUGGAACAUAUACAUUCAAGGAAAGAAAUGUAAACUUUUUAUUUAAAACUUAUAAUGGUAGAUUAGUAAGUGAAGUGAUGAUUUGCAUCUUUAUGGCAGAUAUGUACUUAACCCAAUGUCGCUGGGGAAAAUGAAUAAAUUUUAAAAAUAUUU